AUGAACGAGCUUAGAAAUGAAAUUAAGCACGAGCGGCGAGUUUCAAGCAGCCUGAAGAAAAGAUACGAAUCUCUUCGUCCGGAGGUGGAGAGACGGAAGGAAAUGGAGGAACAAGCCUUGAUGGACCCCUUGGACGGAAUGUCUGAGUCACUCAUCAAGCUCAGCAUCGAACUGGAAGCAACUGGAGUAGAGAAAGCUCGCUCAAAGAAGCGAAGGAUCUCCUUGGAACGGGAGUAUGUGCUCCAGAAGCAGGAUGCUGGCCGUAUAACUGCGAACGACGCAAAGAAUCGCCUAGUAGCCCUCCGUAAACGCUACUUCGCCUUUGGAAGUGAAUUAUGGGAUCACCAUAAAAGGAAGUCUCGGCUUGAGGACCCCAAAAUGCAAAGAUGUAUCGAGCCUGGCGGUUCUAGGGUGUCGAUGUUGCUCUUGGACUUGUACAGGGCUAGGGACGGAUUGGGUAAACAAACUUGUCCAAACAAUUGGCGCCGCAAGGCCCUUCAAUACUACGGUGAAGAAGGCAAAUCACAAAAUGUGUGGUGCCAUGCAUUGGGCGAGAGCGUCUCUCAGGACCAAAUCAAAACGGCGCAUAUUGUCCCAUCCUGGCUUGACGAUGAGACUAUCGGUUCGGUGCUUUUUGGGACCAGAUCUACAGGGCUUGCACAGCCAGCCAAUUCCUUGCUUCUUCACCAGAUCAUUCAAAGAUGGUUUGAUAAGUAUCAAGUGUUGAUCGUGCCUGUUGAUACGAUGGAGAGACCCAUCAAACGAUGGAAGAUUGAUGUUAUUUCAACCGAUAUCGCAAAUGUACGACUCUAUCCUGGCAAAGCGGGAGGCGAUUUGGACGGGCAGGAGCUCACCUUUCUAAACGACAAUCGCCCAGCCUCAGGAUUCCUCUAUUUUCGGUUUAUCAUGACACUUGUUCGGAUCAAAGAUAUGAGAACUCGCGGAUGGGAGACCGUCUGGAGCAAAUACUACGCAAAUCGGCCCUUCCCAACACCAACUCCAUACAUGCGCAAGAGUAUGCUGCUCGCUCUCGCAACCCAUUUCGAAACCACUUCAAUGGGAGUCAUUGAAUCCUGGAUGACGGACCAUGGAUUUGUGUCCACGUCACCUCUAGAACUGACCAUCGAAGAGUCGGAUGAAGUGGCCCGGAUCGUCAUUGAAGCGAUGGAUCAAAUUCAUGCCCGUGCAAUUAAGGAAGCAGAAGAUAGCGAUUAUUGA